AUGCUUGUCCUAUUUGAAACUGCGGCUGGCUUCGCCCUGUUCAAAGUCAGAAAUGAAGCUGCAUUUGAGUCAGUACAAAACUCAGCUAAAGAACUCGAGAAUCAGGAUUUCCUCAACCAAACGCUUGAAUUGCAGAAGUUUGUGAAAUUCAAGAAUAUUGCAGAUGCUCUUCAAGCUACUGCAGAUGUGUGCGAUGGCAAGAUUUCAAAGAAAUUAAAGAAGCUACUUAAGAAGACUUUUAAGGAAAAUAAAGAGGAGAUCCUAGCUGUUGCUGAUAAUAAACUAUCAAGAGCGAUUGGCUUAGAAAUGAAAAUUCGUACAAUGACAAGUGAAAAGAUAACAAAUUUGAUGAGAGGUAUAAGAGUCCAUAUGGACACAAUGCUUCCAAUUGAGGACAAGGAAAUGCAAACUAUGCGGCUGGGUUUGGCGCACAGCCUUGAUCGCUAUAAGUUAAAGUGCAAUCCAGAUAAAAUUGAUACAAUGAUCGUCCAAGCAAUUGGAUUGCUAGAUGAUUUGGAUAAAGAAAUCAAUAACUAUGUGAUGCGGUGCAAGGAGAUGUAUGGUUGGCACUUCCCUGAAUUGAACAAAAUUUUGGAUGACAACAUGGCAUACGUAAAGUUUGUCAAGAAUGUUGGUAUAAAAAGCAAUGUUGAAAAUAUGGAAAUAGGCGAAAUUGUCGGCGAUGAAAAAGUGGAUCAAAUUAAAGAUGCGAUCAAAAUUUCAUUGGGAACUGAUCUCACAGAAAAAGACAUUGAAAUCAUUCAGGUUCUGUGUGAUCAAAUUCUCGAUUUGUCCAAUGAGAGAGCCGUUCUCUAUGAGUACAUUGGAAGGCGAAUGGUUGCUGUGGCUCCAAAUUUAACCUCCCUUGUUGGAGAAAUUCUCGGUGCAAGGUUAAUUGCAAAGGCAGGGCGAUUGGUGAAUUUGGCGAAGCACGCCGCUUCGACCGUUCAGAUUCUUGGUGCCGAGAAAGCCCUUUUCCGUGCCCUGAAAACUCGUCACGCGACACCAAAGUACGGCCUACUAUACCAUGCCAGUUUGGUUGGUCAAGCAUCUGCGAGUCUUAAGGGGAAGAUGUCAAGAAUGCUAGCCGCCAAAGCCGCUCUAUCUAUUCGAUUAGAUGCUUUAGGUGAUGAGACAGCGGACAAGGAAAUGGGUGCUCGUGCGCGGGUGUACUUGGAGAAAAAGCUAAAUGAGCUGGAGUCUAGUGUGGAUAAGAAUCAAGUUGGUUUCAACAGGAAGCGUUCCUUCUCAUCACGUGGAGGUGGCGGUGGUCGUCCGUUUAAGAGGAGAAGAGAAGAACAUUAA